AUGAAGAUUUUUCCUACUUUUUGCUUUCCACAAAUAUCCCUAGCAUGGUUUUUACAUGGUUUUUCGGAAGCAAACCGAACCAAUGCGAGUUUUGAACCACUGCAACACUCGGUUUAUGAACCAGUGCAACAGUUCAAGCGUGACCCUGUACUUUUAGUGACAACUUUUGUCACAGAAAAAUCUCUUUUCGGUGACAAUAUGACUUCUACUGUAAUUCUUGUUGUGCUUGUGUAUGUGGAUGACAUCCUCAUCACUGGUAAUGCUCAUUCUUUCAUUACUCAACUGGUUCACCAAAUGCAGAAUGCCUUUUCUAGGAAGGAUCUUAGUUCAGUUUCCUACUUUCUUGGCAUUUCUAUUCAAUCCAAAGGUGCUGGGUAUCUUUUGUCUCAGUGUAAGUAUGCUUGUGACAUCUUGGCUAAAGCUGGGAUGGUGAAUUGUAAGCCCUGUGCAUCUCCUAUUUCUAUUACACCAUCUCACUCUUCCAUUGAUUCUCUUCCUUUUAGUCAACCAACUCUUUAUAGAAGCAUUGUGGGUGCUCUACAGUAUCUGACUAUCACUCGACCAGAUUUGGCAUAUGCUGUGAAUCACGCUUGUCAGCACAUGGUUGCUCCUACUGUCGCCCAUUUUACUGCUGUUAAACGUCUUCUUCGUUCUGUUCAAGGUACCUUGGACCAUGGUUUAUUCUUUAGUCCAGGUCCCUUCACUUUGCAGGCUUAUUUUGACUCUGACUGGGCUGGGGAUGCCCUUGAUUGUCGUUCUACCUCUGGUUUCUGUAUUUUCUUGGGGCACAACCUUAUUUCUUGGUCUGCUAAAAAGCAGCCCACUGUCUCACGGUCGUCUACCGAAGCCGAAUACAGGGCUUUGGCUCAUACAGUGGCUGAGCUAAGUUGGUUACAAAUGUUGCUUCGUGACUUUUCUAUUGUGCUUCAUUCUUUGCCCGUCCUCUGGUGUGACAAUCUUGGUGCCUUGGCUUUGGCUUCAAAUCCUGUUUUUCAUGCCCGCUCCAAACAUAUUGCUAUUGAUUACCAUUUUAUUCGUGAAAAGGUUACUGCCAAAUAG